UUCAAGGAGUAGACUAGUAUGGCCAUACAUGCUUUCUCGAUGCUUAAUGGGAAAUAAUGACAAUGCAUUCCUCUAUUAUUUGAAUAACUUCAAAAUAUUCCUUACUUUUUAUCCACAGCAAAGAAACCGGCGGAGUCCACACCUGGGACUGAUGAUGGGAAGAAGGGAAAAGGUGGAAAAGGGGGACACGGCCAUGGGCAUGGAAAAGCCGGCGAGCAUGGAGGAGAUCAUGGAGGCGAGCAUAAAGGAAAAGGGGGCGAGCAUAAAGGAAAAGGAGGCGAGCAUGGAGGAGAUCAUGGAGGCGACCAUAAAGGAAAAGGAGGCGAGCAUAAAGGAAAAGGAGGCGAGCAUGGAGGAGAUCAUGGAGGCGACCAUAAAGGAAAAGGAGGUGACCACGGAGGAAAAGCAGGUCGUGGAGGACAUUAAAGAUUUAAUCAUGCACCAUUUGUAUGUUUCAUCACGGUAGCUAUUAAGGAAAAACAUGUUGAGCGAUUUAUUAAAGUUGACAAAUCUCUAAUAAAACCUACUUAUAAAAGA